AAGUCAUCAUGUUGUUUUCUUCAACGUCGAACGGAUCAAUGUAAAUAAAGUGAAUUAUACAGAAAGAUGGCAUAGUUCAUGCAGGAUAGUCGCUAAACACUCUAGCGGUGAAAUCAUGGGGCACAAAUCAAAGGUUGCGUGAGACGAUUUUACCUUAACACAUAUACAUACUGAAGUUCGGAAGCUCGAAGAUCAUGCUAAAAAUAGUCCAUUUUAUGUUCUGAUGGGAUCAAGCCGAAUUGAAGCCCCCUGAUCAAUUAAGACUCCCGUCGGCAACAAGAACCGGUCUCGAAAUGUAAGUCGUGAUAAGGAUUGCACGGAAAACAGUUCAAGACCAUGGAGAAAUGGUUUUAUGCUAUUCUUCUUCUGGUUCUCUUUGACGGCUUUCAAUUAAAAAAGAUUGAUCUUAAGGUCCAAGAUGUUCAUUGGACCACCUCUCCAGAAUUUUUAUCGGUCGCCAUGGGGACCCAUCUGAUAGCGGAAAAGUGGAAGCACUUUCGAUUUGAUUCCAAGAAGUUAAUUAAUUUAGCCCGAGGCUUAGAACCUUGCUAUUUUCGUUUGGGCGGAACUGCUGCAGAUCUGGCCAUAUUCCAAGAAAACCCAUUGCCCUAUGUUCGCCCUUCAUUCUCCGGGGUGGAAAAGUGCUUCAGUAUUUCCGCCUGGGGACAAGGUGCUUGCGAGGACUUAUCCCAAUUGUACCAAACAGGAAAUUUCACUUUUGGCAAAUCUGAUUGGAUCCAAUUGAACGAUUUUAUUAAGACAGUGGGUUGGAAGUUUUUAUUUGAUGUCAAUGUUCUGCUACGAAAUGGCGAUCAUUGGAGUGCUGCGAAUGCCCGAUCAUUACUUGAUUUCAAUCACCAACAAGGCUUUCAUGGAACAUCGUGGGAACUUGGGAAUGAACCUAACGCCUAUUUCCACAAAUUCAAGAUCAGAUUGAGUGGGGAACAACUGGGCCAAGAUUUCCGAGCUUUAAGACACCUUUUGGACGAGUAUCCGGGUUAUGAAAAUUCGUCAAUUGUUGGUCCUGACAUCAAUGGAGUACGAAAAUGUGCUAACCUAAAAAAGGACAAAUGCAAGGCUGUCUUGUUUCUGCAAAGUGUCCUGAAACAUUCCGGAAGGGCCAUUGACAAAAUCACGUGGCAUCAUUAUUAUUUAGACGGACACAAGGCCACUCUUAAGGAUUUUCUCUCGGCUGAAGUGCUGAAUUCGUUGCAGCCCCAGAUGGACCUAAUCAAGCGAGGCUUGGAAGCCUCAAAUCAUUCGCAUAUUCCAAUUUGGCUGGGUGAAACAAGUUCUGCUUAUGGAGGAGGAGUUCAAGGACUGUCCGAUCGAUAUGUGGCUGGAUUCCUUUGGCUCGACAAAUUAGGCGUGGCAGCUUUAAAUAAGUACUCUGUCAUCCUCCGUCAGACGUUCUAUCACGGAUCCUACGCAUUGGUUAAUGAACAACUCAACCCAAAUCCCGAUUAUUGGCUAUCUUUGAUAUUCAAGCGCUUAGUUGGCAUUCGGGUCUUGGAAUUGAAACAAGGUCUCAACAACGGAACCUUACGUUGCUAUGCCCAUUGCCAUCGAGAUAUUUCUGGGGGCGUGACUGUCUUUGCACUCAAUAUUGGUCACCGCUCAGAGGUUAUAAAACUGGGCAAUCAGCUUGGAAACUCUACUGUUCUGCAUUACAUCUUAUCACCGCCCAAGAAUUCUCUCAAAUCCCGGGAAAUUUUAUUGAAUGGACAAACGUUGAAGCUAAAUGAGUUCAAAGACAUACCACCCCUCAAUCCCAUUCGAACCAGUAAAACAACGCACUUGUUCAUCAAAGCUUACGAGAUGGCAUUCUGGGUGUUCCCAGAGUUGAGUUUGAAAAUUUGCUCCUAGUUAAGUGGCAAUCAAAAGGAUCCUCUUUUCGGCAAGAGAAGUUAAAUCGAAUCGUUUUGUAUCAACGUGAGUGUGUGAAUUUCACAAUAUAAAUUCGGAUUCAUUACAUUGGAUCCGAGGAACAUGUAACAAUCAUCA